AUGCUCGAGUCAGUGAGUCACGCAUUCGAAAUGCUUGGCGAUCAAGUAUGGUUCUUUCGAUUUAUUAUUGUUAUUAGUGUUAUAUGUGUAUAUCGUACACUCUUAAAUUAUGUUCUAAGUUCAAAUAAUUGUGCUAAUCCAUUUUGUUCGAAAUGUUUAAAUUCAAAUUCAGUACGCGGUCGUGCAAUUAAUAAAAUAAAAUAUGAUGGCGAUGAAGAAAAUUCAUUGAACUCAAUAAUACAUAAUAAUUUAUUCCAACAUGAUCGAUUAUGUCAGAAAAAUGAUGAGAAACCAACCGUUUAUUUUCAUCGUGGCUUAGGUAGCAAUGCAGCUAAAUUAGCCGACCAACAAAUACUUAUUGAACAUUAUGAUGAACUUCGUCAAGAGAUUGUUAAAUUCUUUCAGGAUAAUGGUGAAGUUCAGUGGAAUCAUUUCUAUCUAUAUAAAAGUGGCGAAGAAAACAAAGCUAAUUGUGAAAAAUUACCAAAAUUAUUUGAAGUUCUACAUUCAUUGCCUAAUGCUAUUUGUAUUAAUAAUAAUUAUUGCCUUUUUGGAAAUUGUUUUCUUACACGAUUAGUAACAAAUAACAGUGGAGAGGAGAAAAGUCAAAAUGGUUUCACAAAUUGUUCCAUUCGAAUGCAUUUUGGUUUGAUGUGUGAUGAUCAAUCAUCAGCAUACGUUCUUAUUAAUAAACGACGACGUCUACCAAUUGAAAAUAAAGUUACUACUUUAUACAACGGUGCACUUGAACAUUCCAUUCAAAAUCCAAAUAGCAAGCAACAAGUUUUUCUGACGAUUGACUUUUGGCAUCCAGAUUUAUCGCCUGAUAUGCGCAAACAACUAGCAUAUAUUUUUCGCGCCGACGUAUAA